GAGAGGGAGAAGGAGGGAGAAGGAGGGAGAGGGGAGUGGGGCCGGAGUUGUGUAAAAGGGGCUGAAGUCCUGCGCUGCGUCCUCCUGCUGCUGCUGCCGCUGCGCUGAGAAGUAGACUCAGCAGCAGAUACGUGCUGUCAAAACGUUUUAUAUCGCGGAUGUGAAACAAAUACACAGACAACGACACACCCUGCUGAAGGUCCAGGACUCCGCCGAGAGGUGGGCGAGGCAGCCUGAACUCCGCUGGACCCGUUCAGAUGUGUUGGUCGCGCAGGAGCGACCCAGCCGGUGGUCAAGGAACACCUAAAGCAUGUGAAGGAAGGAGAAGGAGACAAAAUCUGCUCCAGCGGGCUGUCGCUCACUGCAGGCCGUCUGGUCCGAACUCUCACGCUCGCUGGCUGACUCCCAGCUCUCCCUCACCCUUGGCCCCGAUUGGCUGACACACAGCGGUUCUUCACUGGCAAGCUUUAUGUUCCUGUACACAUGCUAAAGCUGCCAGCUGAAGAACUGCUCUGGUCAGCCCUGCCCCGGAUGACUCAAGAAGAGGAAGCAGGGGGGUGGGAAGUGGUUUUUCACACGCUCAGUAUUCAGACUGGACUCUAAAAACUUAUUAGAUUUGAGCUUGUCAGGUUUUAUUUAUAUUCUCACGCUAAUAACAUAUAAUGUACAUUUCACCCUGGGCAAUACAAAAUGUCUAUUUUGUGGCACAUGUUGUAUUUUUCCUCACACAAACCUGCCUUAAUUUUGUCUAUGAUGUGUCUUCUCACAAUAAAGAACAAAAUGUUUUCUGAACUUUAAGGUUUACCGUUUACUGACAAAACUGCACACCUUGGGCUAUAAAACACAUACCAACAGUGAAGGCUCUCUUUGCUAGAGGUAACUAUACACACACACACACACACACAUAGAGGCCCAUGAAAAAUGUGUCCAAGGUAAUCCCAUUAAAGGUGAACAAGGAGGAUGAAAGUAAAUUAAAAUUAUCUUUUCAUUUUCUAAUGGCCUUUGUUCUCUGGUAGGCUACUCAACACAUGAACAAGUCAAAAAGCUUACAUUUAGUCAGGACUGUAUGUAUGAAUCCAGUUGGAUGUCAGAGUGCCAACAAAAUAUUUAAUGUCUGUUCUUCUAGAGUCCUUCACAAACGACAAACUUUCACAGCAUGUUCACUGCUGAAGUCACAACAUGAUCAACAUGAGUGGAGUACUGAGAUAAUGAAGGUCAAAUAAUGUUUGUAACUGACCAGUAUUCAUUCAGUUUAUACACUUUGUUUCAGCAGCAGGUUAACAAUAUCACUGUGAGCUGUACUGGUUUAACUGGCGAAACAAUUUACAAAACAUCACACUCACCAUAUUUGUCAAAUGAAAUGCUUGUAAUUUUGACUGGUAAGACUGAUAGUAGUUUACUUUACAGGUUUGAUUAAGUUUUAUUACUCUGUACUGCUAAGAGAAAUCAGCAUGAAUAUAUAUUUUUUAUACUGAUUAUUAGGAAACUACAAGGACAGACGGGUGCAAUUCAGUGAAGUGGUGGUGCAGUUUCCCGUAAAUCACCACUAGAUGGCACAAUAAUAACUGCAAAACUGAAGUUAAAACAGCUGCCGAGGGCGUAGUAGCAGUUGCUGUAGUGCGUUACGUGAUGAAAGUGGGGAAAAAUCUCAAAGGAUAACAUUUAACUCUAAAAACAAGUUUCCUGAUUCAUCCAGUGAGAUUGAGAGUUUGCAUCCGCUGUUUGUCACCUGGGGAUAAGUAAAGUUUUUGUUUUAUUAUUGAACUGAAUAUCAUCGCUGUGUCCACAUCCACCUGUUAUUUAUAACCGAUAGCCAGUUCGUUCAUCAUACGGCCCAUUUUUGUUUUACUACGAAUAUUAACCUGGACGUUUGCAAAACUCACUAAGCGUUCAAGGAAACUACAACACAAAUUUAUUUUAGUUGUAGCUGACGAUCACUGCAUGAGCACCCGUCAUGCUGUAGUACUAUCUGAUGCGCAGUGCUGGAGUAAGUCAGAUUAUCAGCAAAAUGAAGUAUCAGACGUUUUAUUGUAGGAUAUACCCUAUUGAGAUUAAUUCAACUCAAUAAUUUUAACUACUAGUCUUGCCUUUUGUGUCAUUAAAGUUUAAGGGGCGAGAAAGUUUAAUGGUGCACUUUGUGAGGCUUGCAAACGUGAGACAGACAGUGAGGAUCCUGUUAGGCGCUGUGAUACGGCAGAAUAUGACUUUACAGAAGAACCUGAAUCAGCAGGGCGUGCAUGCUUUGAGAGGCUUGCGGUUCACAGUGUCCACCUUCCGCCCUCUCCACUUUUCUGUCAUGCUGAUCCAGCUGAUGGCCCCGUGCGUAAAUGGAAAGCUUUUACGCACCGCGCGUGUUCACCUCGGCAGAGGUUUAAUUGUUAUUUUUGCACUGUCACACGCCUCGCCCGGUGCAUGAGUAGGCCUCCGCUACUGGGGAUGUACCGUGGAGAUGUAACGGUGCGGUAAUACCUCACUACAGGGGUGAGUGAGAGAGAGAGAGUGAGUGUGUGAGUGUGUGUGUAUGGGGGGGCUAUAAGGCAAGGCGUGCAUCCGGAUGCUCACCGCCAACUAAACGCGAGAAGGACUCAGACAUCAAUAACAUCUUGCUCAUCAAUAAGACAUUUUGAUGGAGUUAGACUGCUUAAUUAAUUAGGUUGCCUUGAAAGUAUUAGGCUCUCUGAAUUUAUAAUAUUUAAUCUAAUGUCCCCCAAUGGAGAACAUCUGAAGGAAGACUCUUCAGCAUCUCUAUCCAAAGCAAAGCGGCGCACUCACACAGAGAAUCAGACUUGGAGAUUUCUCAUCUUUCAGUGAUGGCCAUCAACACUGACGCUGCCUAUGGAAAAAGCGGUCUCGGCAACAGGGAAGUUUCCAAUCCCACAGACUUCCAGGACACAGAGAAGCUCCUGAGCACCGCCAACACCGAGAAAACCGGGCAGAGUAACAUCAAACCGUCCGACUCCUUCUCCCUCACGAUCAGAGGGAGCGUCCGCUCCCUGGACGCGGACCAGAACGGACACAGAUCACCGCUAAAGUCUGGCUCCACCGGGCAGUUGGCGACCCCACCCAAGUCCUCGUCCAGGCUCAGCCUGGGCCCGCUGCCCUCCCCGGUGCCGCCCGGGUCCGCACCCCCGAGUUACCUCUGGCUCGCUGUGCUGUCCUGUUUCUGCCCCGCCCCACCGUUCAACAUCUGCGCCUUGUGGUAUGCACAUGUGUCCAAGAGUGUUCUCCUUACAGGAGAUAUUGAAGCAGCAAGGAAGUACGGGCGUCUGUCUAUGCUGCUCAGCUGCCUGGCAAUGGUGCUGGGUGUGGCUGUCAUCAUCUUCAUAGUGUUAACAAUAGGUAUGGAAAAAAGACAUAAAACAAACGCACUCACAGGGCUAACUGCAAAGCUGUACAUCUUAAUUUCUCUUUUCUCUGUCUCUCAAAGAUCCAGCAGUGAACUGAGGGAUGGAAGGAGUCUCCUUUAACUUCCCCUGAUCUCAGAUUUGCACAGACGAGAGAGAGAGAGAGUGUGGAGGGAAAACUAAUGUUACGAAGAUGAAAAAAGCACAAAAUAUGAGUUGAAAACAAGCUGGAGAGACUCUAAAAUACAACUUACUGCUUUUUCUGCAACGGACAAAGAAAGAAAAAGUAAAGAAGUGGCAGGCCGUUUCUCUUUCACUGGCCCAACAACCCCACAAACUCACAAACUCAGGAACCAAAGGAAGGAAAAUGAAGGCUGCACACAGAUGUAGCUCUGGACCAUCAAAGAGCACAUUCUUAACUAGCGGUGCAUUGAAGCUCACACACACACACACCUGCCUGACACACACAUAACUGCACUACAUUCUGCUUAUUAAAAAAAUGGCAUGGCACCAUUAGACAUGAGGAUGUCCUAAAAACUAAGGAAUAAAAUAAAAUUAAUAGUGGAAAAAAAUAAGAGAAAAACAAAAAGCAUCAGUGCACCUCUAGUCUGUAACGACGCCACUGCCUGCCCUGUUUCUCUAUCUGUUUUAUCAGCACGGGACUGCUGUGGUUGUGAGAAGAUGUAUAAAAUGAUUCCACGAAGUGUUUACAUGAAGUUAAAAAAAAACAACAAAAAACUCUUGUACGUUUAUCACGUCAAUGCCCUGCUGCAGUUGUAUUGUGAUAUCCCGCUUUGCGUGCUACUAUGAUAAAGUGAGCAGAUUCCUGUUGGGGAGUCUUGUGACCUGCCUGGAUCUCUGCACCUCAUUAGGUUUUACAGUAUACUGCAACAUAUGAAUGGGGUUGUUCUCCCUGUAUGCACUGUUCUUGGCACUCUGAUGUUGAUGUUUAUACAUUUAUACUGUAUGACUGGUUUACUGUGCCAUAGCUCUGCAUGUCUGAAAUAAACUUGAAUGAGCAUG